CGCCGAACCGGUAGUCGGCUUUAACAUCAGUAACAACUUGCUUCACUGAAGAGAGGAGGUAGAACACAGCCCGUGGUGGAAUACAGCGUUCCUAGCUGUUCAUAUUGGACAUUUUAAAUUUCACAUGAUGCCUUUACUUCUAUGCAGUUCAAAGCUGCCCACCUUACACAGAGUGCUCAGCCAGUGUUAUCCAGAGUCUCUUAAGGUAUGUGGCACUUUGCAUAGUAUAAUUAAUGAGAACCCCUUCAGGCUACAGGUUUUGGUGGAUCAGUGGCCAAGUUUCACCUCAGUUAUUUGCCGCCCUCGACUAGAAGACAUGACAGAUCCCACAGACCAAUACACCAACACAUAUUUUCUGUUUAGCAAAGAUCAACAAAGACUGAGUGAAAUGCUGCAAGACCCACAGACUAUAAACUGGAGCCACCAAUUACAGAUACAGGGGUGCCAGCCAGCACUGGAAGAAAUUCUUCGUGAUUUAAGUGACAAGCAUAAUACUGGCAUAAAGACCACAAGUAACUACCUGUAUAUGAGAGAGAGCACCCAAAGCACAGAUUUAACUAACCAGCUUUCAAAAAUGAGUGCCAAUGAACUGCAGCUGUCUUCCCUGUCCCCAGAAGAAGCACCAGCUGUUAAUGCAGAGUGGGCAUUUGGGGGUAAUGAACUAAGUCUGCGUUAUGUGGAGCGCUGUAUCCAGACAUUUCCCAAUGUCUGUUUACGAAAAAGAGGUGUGGGCCCUCCUCUUGCUUGGGCAUUAAGUGAGCAGUCUACAGAACACCGGAUGGGUUAUACACAUCAGGAUUACCGCAAUCAAGGAUUGCUUAGAAUAAUGAUAAUUAGGCUUACUAGGAAAAUUCUUAGCAAAGGAGGUCCACUGUACUGCCAUGUGGCAGCUGACAACAAAACAAGCCAAGCUGCCAUGCUGAAGGCAGGAUUUAAUUACUGUGGCAGCUGGGUGCAAUGGAAUUUUCAUCCAAUUUAGCCUAAUGUAUUGUGCACCACUUGUAUUUAAAAUGCCAGAUAAAUUAUUUGCAAGGUG